AUGUCACGAGCGGACUAUUUAUCAAAGUAUAUGAGUAGCAAUUCAUUAAAACCUGAAAAAGUUAAGAAAAAGAAGAAAAAAAUUCCUCAAAUAACAUCAAAUAUAAUCAUAAAUAAAGCAGAGACAAUUGAACCGAUACUAUCACAACAAUCAGAAGACCCGGUUGAUCUACUACCUCAAGAAGAAUUAGACGAAGAGUCCAAACCAAUAACUGUACUGAAUAUACAAGAGAACAAAGGGUUUAAAAGAAUAGAUAAUGGUACAAUUACCAAACCAAAAUCAUCAUCAUCAUCGUCAUCAAAAGUAAAGGAACAAGUUGUAGUAAAAAAACCUCAAGAAACAGUAUAUCGUGACUCAUCAGGUAGAAUAAUAGAUAUCAAAGAAGCUGAGGAAGAAUUUAAUAAAAGAAAACAAGAACAACAAGACUCCAGACUAAAAACUGAAGUCAAGACGUCAAAAUCUGAUCAAUUGAUGCAAGAAUCGAUAAAGUUUAAGUCAAAACUAGAUUCAAAUUUUGAAGAUCCAAUAUAUGCAUUCAUGGACGAAAAGAAAGAAGUAGAAGAUGAAUCAAAAUCAAAAUAUGUAUACAACAAAGGUGUGAAUUUACCUAAUAGAUUUGAUAUACCAGCUGGAUAUUUUUGGGAUGGUAUAGAUCGAUCAAAUGGAUUUGAAGAAUUAAUGAUGAGAAAAAUCAAUGAACAAAACUACGAUAAAGUUAGUUCUAAAGUUAAUGAAGAUUAUGAAAUAGUUUACGAUUAA